AGUUACUGCUUUCAAAUAACGUUCAUCCGAGUGUGCCCUAAACAGCGGAACGGAGAAAGGGUGACAGUGACACAGUGUCACACAAGCUGGGUCCGAUGGGUGAGUGCAGGUAUUCAUGCAAGAGCGCUGUCGAGACCCUGGCAUGGAUCAACGACAUUAUCCACUUCCUUGCGCCUUAUUCUUCCUUAAUCGAUGCUCAUGUUGUCAAUUUCUUCAAGGAUAGGCUAUGGGAGAAUGUUGACGCCGAAUGGAUCGAGUGCCUGCGCCGUGAACCUGUUCAAAAUCUUCUGCUCAUACCUUCUGGUGCAGUUCAGUAUGAAUGGCCAACUUCUCUGAAGGAGUUCAUCCUUAAAUUAAGGUCUAUGGUAUUUUGUCAAGAUCAAGCAGAUAUGAACAUGGCAUUACCUGGUCUGCAGAUGACUUCACUUAACAGUGUUCUUGCCCAGGGCAUGAAUGUAAAGAAAAAACAUGAAGUAGAAAUUCUUUCAGCUGUUAUAAGUACAGUUGCAAAAGGUGUGAGAGCUGAUGCCGUUGCUGAUGUUGGUGCUGGUCAGGGUUAUCUUGCACAAGUACUUGCCUUUCAAUAUCAACAUCCUGUCAUUGCAAUUGAUGCAUGUUCUCAUCAUGGGAGGGUUACUGAUGCACGGGCAGCACGGAUUAAAAAAUACUAUACAUCACAGAUGAUAAAAUCUGGAUCAGGCUUUCGGAGUUUAAAUGUGCCAAAGACAAUCACAUGUAAUGUUUUGUCCAUCGACUCGUUAAAAACCUUGGUUGAAAUAUCUUUGACUGGAGAUGAUGUUGAGCAAUCCAGGAUAAAGGCAGAAAAUCAAGAAGAUCUAGGGAAACUAAAUUGGCAUAGCAAUGCAAACAAAAAGUCUUCAAUUGUUCUUGCUGGCCUUCAUGCCUGCGGUGACCUUUCAGUGACUAUGCUAAAGACUUUCUUAGAGUGUAAAGAUGUUAAAGCUGUUGUUAGUCUCGGUUGCUGUUACAAUUUAUUAUCUGAAGAAAGGAUUGAGGAUGGUGAAUCUCAGUGUGGAUUUCCAAUGAGUCAUGCUGCAAGAUCCACUAGCUUAUCACUUGGAAAAAGUGCACGUGAUCUGGCUUGCCAGAGUGCAGAGAGGUGGAGGAGCUUGGACAUGCAUGCUGGCAUUCACAACUUCGAGUUGCAUGCUUUUCGGGCUGCUUUUCAAAUGGUUCUUUCUAAAUAUUAUCCGGAAAUUGUGAUGAGUACUCCUUCAAUUGGGCGUAAAGGGAAGGCUCUUCGUCGGCGACAUCAGAGGAGAUCUGCAGAAUCCCAGCUGCAUCUUAAAGGAAGUACUUCCCACACGAGACAAAAGUUCCCUUCCGAAGCUCCUUUUGUAUCAAAGACUGACUGGACUUUGGGUUCGAUAUCAGAGAUACAGAACUUACCUAGUGAAAUUCCUUGUAGUGAAGGGGCUGGAGGUGAAGGGAUUAAAUCUGAUGACAAAUUUUUACAUUUUGAGAAUUUCUGUCAGUCUGGAUUGUCUCAUCUUGGAAUUAAACAUUCACAUGAUAUAAACCUUGAAGGCAUAUGGAAGGAAGCAGAACCAUUUGCUGACCUUGUAGGACCUUAUUGGUCUCUGAGAGCCGCUUUAGGACCUCUUUUGGAAACUCUUAUUCUACUUGAUAGAUUAUUGUUUCUUCAAGAGCAAGGCAGUACUUUAGAAGCCUGCUUGUUGCCUAUAUUUGAUCCAAACAUAUCGCCAAGAAAUGUGGCCGUAAUUGCAAAAAAGAUUGACAAAGAUUUAAGAUCUUCCUGAUGCUGAAAGGAAACAUCCCAGUGUAAGCAGGAAUGACUCAAUAUGGCUUGGUUGGUUGAUUUUGCCACAUGUUGAUAUUAUUAAAUCUGUUGAACCAUGUAAAGUACCGAUAUGGCUUCUCCCAACUCCAAUUCUAGACUUGUUCGAUUCAGAUGAAGAAACUCAAAAUUCACAUGAGAGAAGGCAAUGAUGCUGCAAUCAUUCCAUGCCGGACAUUCUUGAGCUUUUUGUUGAUUCUGAAUAUCCUCUCAGGUUAAGGUCAAGGUCAUUUGGGACAGCAUGGUUGUUAUUGUGUGUCUAACAUCUUGAGAAGUUACUUGAUUGUCAUUAAUCAUAGCUACUGGUCUGAGUAGCUAUCUGGGUAAUUCAUUUAAAUGAUGUAAGCUUGGAGAAAUUUUAAGCCCUUUUUAUUUGUAUUAAUUAUUAAGAUUUCAAAAUAUUUUUGCUUUCGUUC